GCGUCAGACUGAAGAUCUGAAGGUCGCGUGUUUGAUCCACUCUCACCGCAAUUCUCUUUUUGUUCCUCUUAAUUUUACUUUGCAGUGUUUUUCACUCUUAAUAGGGGAUGAUUGGUAAGUGCUGUAGUUUUAUAUUUUUUGCUGUAGAAUUUAAUCUGUAGAUUUAUUUGUUGUAGCUUUUUUUGCUGUAGAUUUCUAAAGCACUAAUUUUUUGCUCUGGAAAUAAAGCUCUCUACAGCCAUAUUUUGAUUUUUCAGAGAUUUUUUUGCUGUGAGUUUUUUAAGGAAAGCAAAGCUCGAUUGGUUGACAUAUAUAGCUGUAGACUAAAUUUUGGCUGUCCAGAGCAUCUACAGCCCCAACCAAUCAUCUCCUUAAUUUACUUGCUUGAAACGCAGCGUUUUAGGCAUGUAAGGAAAACACGAGUUUGACUUUAGAGAGAUACGUCGUUAUUACUUUAAACGCAACAUUUUAGGCAUGUAAAGCAAAAGCAGAAGUUUAACGUUAGACUUUAGUUAAGGCCUAAAAGCUCAAGUUGCAUUAGAGUUUGAUGUGAGUGAGUGAGAUAUCCGAUUUAAAUUUAUAUAAGCCGUGUUCUUUUUGUAGACGCGGCGGCAGCUUCCGGCGUCUUAAAAAAUACACUUGAUUGUGAAUGAAUCCUUCCUUUCAUUGUCUAUAGAAUAAGACGCUAACAACAUGGCCACUUAAAAUUAACGGGAAUUUGUGACGCUGUAAAAUCCGGCGUCAGAAAAAAUGGAGGAUGCGGUGGUUUUUUAUAAAACGCAGCGACAUCAGUUAAACGAAGAUGCAAUAAAAAAACUGUUUCCUUUGUAUUUUUUUUAACGCGGACGCUACUGCUGCGUCUACGAAAAGAACAGGGCUAUACUUCUACUAUGAUUGAGUGUAUGUAUGGAUUAAACAUGUUCACUUUAAAUUUCUAAAAGUUACAUACACACUACAUCUAAUUUUGAUUAACAAUUGUUUGUUCUAGAUUGAUAUGGGUUCUGAUUAAACUAAAAAUAUCAUUGAAUUGUCAUUUUGUUCAGUGGUCUUAUAUUAAGUCUACUAGGUCAUACUAUAUAUAUUUUUAUUUAGACAAUCAGUGCUUGAAUACAUGUAUUCAGCCGUCAUAUAUGUUCGUGUAUGAGUGUAUCUCGAUACAAUUUAUUUGAGCAAUUUACAAACCUUACUUCAUAAUAACUGCAAAAGAGUUAGCCAUCUUAUGAAGAAAAAUAUUUGACUUUUAAACCUCCUAUAAAUUCACAAUCGAACUCAUCAAUCCCCAACACAACACACCACAUCUUCUCUAUCCUUAAAGGUUCCACACCAUAAGAUUCAAGGAUGGAGAUCUCAAGAACCUCAUUGGUAGUAAUAAUUAUCUCGGUAGCUUCUUGUUUAUUACAGGUCAAGGCUUGGCAUGGUCAGACUUACUGUGGUGGCAGCACAUCCCGAUGCCAGCUCCAGUACAUCGACUGUCCUGAUGAGUGCCCGACCGACUUUGAUUCUUACUCUCAGAAGAAACUUUGUUGGGUUGACUGUUUUAAUCCUCUUUGCAUGGCUGUGUGUCGCGCGGUAAAACCAAAUUGCGAAUCCUAUGGAGCGAUUUGUCUAGACCCGAGGUUUAUUGGUGGUGAUGGUAUUGUGUUCUAUUUCCACGGAAAGAGCAAUGAACACUUCAGCCUUGUAUCGGACCCUGAUGUUCAAAUCAAUGCUAGGUUUACUGGACAUAGACCCGUUGGUCGCACCAGAGAUUUCACAUGGAUCCAAGCUCUCGGCUUCCUCUUCAACGCCCAUAAGUUUUCCCUUGAGACCACCAAAGUCGCCACUUGGGACAGCGACAUUGACCAUCUCAAGUUCACUAUUGAUGGCCAAGAUUUGGUUAUCCCUGAAAAAACUUUAUUCGCUUGGCAUUCAUCCGACAAAGAAAUCAAGAUUGAGAGACUUACACAAAAGAACAGUGUGAUCGUGACAAUCAAUGACAAAGCUGAGAUCAUAAUCAAUGUGGUUCCAGUGACCAAAGAAGACGAUAGAAUCCACAACUACAGAUUACCUAAAGAUGACUGUUUUGCCCAUUUUGAAGUCCAGUUCAAGUUCAUAAAUCUGUCCCCGAAAGUUGAUGGAAUCUUGGGGCGCACUUACAGACCCGAUUUCAAGAAUCCGGCUAAGCCAGGAGUCGCAAUGCCAGUGGUGGGAGGUGAGGAUAGCUUCAGGACAUCUUCUCUGCUCUCUCAUGAUUGCAAGACUUGUUUAUUUUCUGAAGAAGUGGCUGUUGAUAGUGGCUCUGUCAAGGUGAAAAGCGAAUACACAUUGUUAGAUUGCACCCGCGGGGCGUCUUCCGGUUAUGGAAUCGUCUGCCGGAAGUAGUUAACGUCCAAACUUAAUUUGCAAAGACAAUGAAAAAGAUCAUAGUAAAAAAAGUACUACUAUAAGUUGUUUUGUUUUGUGUAAUACUAUAGUACGUGAUUAUUUUGUUCUUUUGUCAAAAUAAGAAGAGUACUAAGCUAAUUGAGAACCAAAUAAUGAAGAAAGUAAUUGUAACUCUGUUGUUAUUUACGUCAAUCAAAUAAUUAUUGAUGAAACUGCGAUGGCCCAUUAUAAAAAUUCUAAACAUAUUGAGCUCACAAACUCCCUAGUGUGGAGACAUUUUAACCAUUUGACCAAUUAAUAGAUAAAAACGUUUUCUAACAUUGAGGUGAUGAUGAUGACCGCGUACAAAGCAGAAUGUAAGACUACAUAGCCAUCUAUCGGUAAGCAAAAAUGCAUUGUAGUUCCGUAUGCUGUAAUAAUUUAGAGCCAUAUAUCGCUUAUCUUUGAUUUGAUCACUAACUUCAAAAACAAACUUAAUUUAG